AUGGAGGUGGAUACCGAGGAGAAGCGCCAUCGCACACGCUCCAAAGGUGUUCGAGUUCCCGUGGAACCAGCCAUACAAGAGCUGUUCAGCUGUCCCACUCCUGGCUGUGAUGGCAGUGGUCAUGUUAGUGGCAAAUAUGCAAGACACAGAAGUGUAUAUGGUUGCCCCUUGGCUAAAAAAAGAAAAACACAAGAUAAGCAGCCACAAGAACCAGCUCCUAAACGAAAACCAUUUGCAGUUAAAGCGGACAGCUCCUCAGUAGAUGAAUGUUAUGAAAGUGAUGGCACUGAAGAUAUGGAUGACAAGGAGGAAGACGAGGAGGAAGAGUACUCUGAGGACAAUGAGGAGCAAGGAGAUGAGGAUGAAGAAGAUGAGGAGGUAGACCGAGAGGAAGAGGAGGAGAUUGAAGAAGAUGAUGAUGAUGAUGAUGAUGAUGGAGAUGAUGUGGAGGAUGAAGAAGAUGAAGAGGAAGAGGAGGAGGAGGAAGAGGAGGAAGAAGAAGAAAAUGAAGACCAUCAAAUGAAUUGUCACAAUACUCGAAUAAUGCAAGACACAGAAAAGGAUGAUAACAAUAAUGAUGAGUAUGAUAAUUAUGAUGAACUUGUGGCCAAGUCAUUGUUAAAUCUUGGCAAAAUUGCUGAGGAUGCAGCAUACCGGGCCAGGACUGAGUCAGAAAUGAACAGCAAUACCUCCAAUAGUCUGGAAGAUGAUAGUGACAAAAAUGAAAACCUGGGUCGGAAAAGCGAGUUAAGUUUAGACUUAGACAGUGACGUUGUGAGAGAAACAGUGGACUCCCUUAAGUUAUUAGCCCAAGGACAUGGUGUUGUGCUUUCAGAAAACAUUAAUGACAGAAAUUAUGCAGACAGUAUGUCACAACAGGAUAAUAGAAAUAUGAAUUAUGUAAUGUUAGGCAAGCCCAUGAACAAUGGACUCAUGGAAAAAAUGGUGGAGGAGAGUGAUGAGGAGGUGUGUCUGAGCAGUUUAGAGUGUUUGAGGAAUCAGUGCUUUGAUCUGGCCAGGAAGCUCAGUGAGACAAAUCCACAGGAGAGGAACCAACAGCAAAACAUGAACAUCCGUCAGCAUGUCAGGCAAGAAGACGAUUUCCCAGGAAGAACACCAGAUAGGAACUACUCUGACAUGAUGAACUUAAUGAGGCUUGAAGAACAGUUGAGUCCCAGAUCUAGGACUUUUUCUAGCUGUGCAAAGGAGGAUGGAUGUCAUGAAAGAGAUGACGAUACCACCUCCGUUAACUCGGACAGGUCUGAAGAAGUCUUUGAUAUGACCAAGGGUAAUUUAACCCUUCUUGAGAAAGCUAUUGCUUUGGAAACAGAAAGAGCCAAGGCCAUGAGGGAAAAAAUGGCAAUGGAAGCUGGAAGGAGGGAUAAUAUGAGAUCAUAUGAGGAGCAAUCUCCAAGACAACUUUCCGGGGAGGAGAGAAAACCUAAAUCCAGUGACAGCCAUGUCAAAAAGCCAUACUAUGAUCCCUCAAGAACAGAAAAGAAAGAGAGCAAGUGUCCAACCCCUGGGUGUGAUGGAACUGGCCACGUAACUGGGCUUUAUCCUCAUCAUCGCAGUUUAUCCGGAUGCCCGCACAAAGAUAAGGUCCCUCCAGAAAUUCUUGCCAUGCAUGAAAAUGUUCUCAAGUGUCCUACUCCAGGCUGCACAGGGCGAGGGCAUGUAAAUAGCAACAGGAACUCUCACAGAAGCCUCUCUGGAUGCCCUAUUGCUGCAGCAGAGAAACUGGCAAAGGCCCAAGAAAAGCACCAGAGCUGUGAUGUGUCAAAAUCCAAUCAGGCAUCAGACCGAGUCCUAAGGCCAAUGUGCUUUGUAAAACAACUAGAGAUCCCUCAGUAUGGCUACAGAAACAAUGUUCCCACAACCACUCCUCGUUCCAACUUGGCCAAGGAACUUGAGAAAUAUUCCAAGACUUCGUUUGAAUACAACAGUUAUGACAACCAUACUUAUGGCAAGCGAGCCAUAGCUCCCAAGGUGCAAACCAGGGAUAUAUCCCCCAAAGGAUAUGAUGCUAAGCGGUAUUGUAAGAACUCGAGCCCGACCAGCAGCACCACGAGCAGCUAUGCCCCCAGCAGCAGCAGCAACAUGAGCUGCGGGGGCGGCAGCAGUGCCAGCAGUACCUGCAGCAAAAGCAGCUUUGACUACACGCAUGACAUGGAGGCGGCCCACAUGGCUGCCACGGCCAUUCUCAACCUGUCCACUCGCUGCCGAGAGAUGCCUCAGAACCUCUCCACUAAACCUCAGGACCUCUGUGCAGCCAGGAAUCCUGACAUGGAGGUGGAUGAAAAUGGGACUCUGGACCUCAGUAUGAAUAAGCAGAGGCCAAGAGAUGGCUGUUGUCCUAUUUUGACUCCCCUGGAGCCUAUGUCCCCCCAACAGCAGGCGGUGAUGAACAAUCGGUGUUUUCAACUGAAUGAGGGGGACUGCUGGGACUUGCCAGUAGACUACACCAAAAUGAAACCCAGAAGGAUAGAUGAGGAUGAUUCCAAAGAGAUUACUCCAGAAGACUUGGAUCCAUUCCAGGAAGCUCUAGAAGAGAGACGGUAUCCUGGGGAAGUGACCAUCCCAAGUCCCAAGCCCAAGUAUCCUCAAUGCAAGGAGAGCAAAAAGGAUUUAAUAACUCUGUCUGGCUGCCCCUUGGCUGACAAAAGCAUUCGAAGUAUGCUGGCCACCAGUUCACAAGAACUCAAGUGCCCGACCCCUGGUUGUGAUGGCUCUGGACAUAUUACUGGCAAUUAUGCUUCUCAUCGAAGCCUUUCAGGUUGCCCAAGAGCAAAGAAAAGUGGCAUCAGGAUAGCACAAAGCAAAGAAGACAAAGAAGAUCAAGAGCCAAUUAGAUGUCCAGUUCCUGGUUGUGAUGGUCAGGGUCAUAUAACUGGAAAGUAUGCAUCCCACCGCAGUGCAUCGGGGUGCCCCCUAGCAGCCAAAAGGCAAAAGGAUGGGUACCUAAAUGGCUCCCAGUUCUCCUGGAAGUCAGUGAAGACGGAAGGUAUGUCAUGUCCCACUCCAGGAUGUGAUGGAUCAGGACACGUCAGUGGUAGUUUCCUCACACAUCGUAGUUUGUCAGGAUGUCCCAGAGCCACAUCAGCAAUGAAGAAAGCAAAGCUGUCUGGAGAGCAGAUGCUAACCAUCAAACAGCGGGCCAGUAACGGUAUAGAAAAUGAUGAAGAAAUCAAACAGUUAGAUGAAGAAAUCAAAGAGCUAAAUGAAUCCAAUUCUCAGAUGGAAGCUGAUAUGAUUAAACUCAGAACUCAGAUUACCACAAUGGAGAGCAACCUGAAGACGAUAGAAGAGGAGAACAAAGUAAUUGAACAGCAAAAUGAGUCUCUUCUUCAUGAACUGGCCAAUUUAAGCCAGUCUUUAAUUCAUAGUCUAGCUAAUAUCCAGCUGCCACAUAUGGAUCCAAUCAAUGAACAAAAUUUUGAUGCUUACGUGACUACUUUGACGGACAUGUAUACAAAUCAAGAUCGUUAUCAGAGUCCAGAAAAUAAAGCCCUACUGGAAAAUAUAAAGCAGGCUGUGAGAGGAAUUCAGGUCUGA